AUGAAAACCCAGGAAAAACACGCGUGUCAACACCCAGGUUGCGAAAAGAGCUUCACGCGCGCAGAGCAUCUGCGCCGCCAUGCGCUCAACCACGCGCAACCGCGUAAUGGAUAUACUUGCGAGCGGUGCUCUGUUCACUUCCAGCGCUCAGACCUGUUAGCGCGACAUAUGGAGCGACACGAGAAACGGGACCUUGAAGCUGGAGGGCCCGGACAGGGGACGCUGAAGACGCGAAAGCGGACGCGGAGAGCUGAGGAUGGUUCUAUUAUUGUGCGCCCUUCACAAAGGCAAAUGAGGGCGGCUGCUGCAGCUCGAUCCCCUGUCUCGGCGAAUAUUUCUAGUCAGGAGCCAGAAGUGCGUGACGAGGAAGGGUAUUUUCAUGAUGAUGUCCCCUUGUCACCACCUGGCUCGGGAACCGACCCAACUUCAAUUUCUAUGGAUGAUACAGACCCUUUCUUGGCUUCCUUGGUGCCAGCUGGGCCUUUUGAGCCCUACGUCGAGCCAGUCGCUGGACAGUUUGACGCAGCGGAUGGGUCUUUUGGUGUUGAGUUGGAUGGGAUUGGGGAUUAUUUUGGAAUGGACACUGCCCCUGUUUUGGAAGAAUUCGAUUCUAAUCCCCCGGAGGUAAUGGAGAAAUACGAUGGUCCAUCUGCCUUGCUCAUGGCUUCAAUCAUGGACAGAGGCGAAACAUUCAGAGAAACGACCUCACUCCCCAUACCAAGUAUCCCAGACCUGGAUUGGAUGGGUGGCGCGGCGACGUUGGACCCCGAUCUCCGAAGGAAUCUACCGAUAAUAUCCGAAGAAGCGCGAAAGGGGAUCCUAGCACUGGUGGCACACGCACAUCCGACAGACAUUGACGGGCAACCCAUGGUACUUGACUCGCCGCUGCUGACACUCCCUGCCCUCCAGUCAUACUGCGACAUGUUCUUCGAUCGGUUCAACACGACGUACCCUCUGAUUCACCAGUCUACAUUCGAUCCAAGCACCGCACCCCCAGUCUUCCUAGCCUCGAUCCUCUUCAUGGGUGCGACAUACGGCACGCGUGAGGCCCACCAAUUGGCAGUGGAGGUCCACGAUGUCCUGCGAAGCCAGCUACUCUGCCAUCCGGAUUUCUCACCGCAGGCUGACCUGUGGGUCUUGCAGACCAUGCUUCUGAUAGAUUGCUUCGGGAAGAUGCGAGCUGGCCACAAACAGCGCGAGCGCGCACAGCUGUUCCACUGCGUGUUGAUCAAAAUGAUCAGGCGGAGUAAUUGCUGUGGCAUACGUGACUUGCCUCAUGCCAAUCAAUCAGCGGAUUUGGAUCAACUGUGGCGAGAGGCUAUGGAGGAUGAACAGCGUAAGAGGGUGGCUAUACAUUGCUUUAUGUGGGAUACGCAGCACGCUGUGCUAUUUUCGCAGUCGCUGUGUAUGUCUGCGUUCGAGAUCAGAUCUUCACUACCGUGUAGUCCUGCGGCUUGGGAUGCCUCGUCUGCUCGGGAGUGGUCGCGACAUGCCUUCCGAGAAGAGAAUCGGCCAUUCCUUACUGUUCUGAAAGGAUACAUUACACCGGCGGCCGUUGCCAGACCUCGAGACCUGAACGUCUUUGCCCGAAUCGUCAUCCUACAUGGGUUAAUGUCUGUAUCUGCGGAUCUCAAACGUCGUGAUCAAACAACCCUACGGUCGGAGACACCCGAGCGUGUCGGAGCUUGGACACCGCGCAUGGGUCGGUCCUAUGAUCUGUGGAAAGUCGAUUUCGAUGCAGAUUGUCUUGCUAUUAAGCUCGCUCAGACCGCGACCCCGAGGCAGUUCACGGGAUUCAAGAUCUCUGGGUAUUCCCUUUAUCACGCGGCAUAUCUCGCGUUAAAUGUCGAGGUACUGGAUUUGCAGAUCGUUGCUGGAGCAGGUCAAAUCCUGGGGCGUACAGUGACUGAGGCUGACCAGGCACGGUCGCUGCGGAAUAUUACCAGAUGGCUACAGGAGGAAUCCGGACCAUCCUGUACGACUGCGCGACAAGCGGCGUCGUUACUUCAGGAUGCGGUAUUGAGCCUUCAUGACUGGGACCAAGCUGACUCCUUCCACUUCCCCUGGUGUCUAUAUCUAUGCACAUUAGCCUGCUGGGUUUUCCAUCGUGGGCCCAACCUGGCUUCUGACGAGAACCGAAUCAACACCGAUCUAUCUUCGUUGAUCGUGAUGCUAACUAAUUGUCCCAGCUUGCCAGAUCUAGCAGGCAUAUCUGGAAAAUAUUGUCCUCGCCCUCUAGCGGCGGCGAUGGCGAAACAACUAGCGACAGUCCGAUGGGCAGUUGUUCACGAUGCUAUGAAAGUACUGAUGAGAUUGUCAUGA